AUGUCUCAACCACCAUAUAAGCAAGGCGAUCAUAGGGCGACGGUCCUCAAGGAGCAAACCACCAUAACACCAUCAACCUGCCCGCCACAGCCACAACCACAACCACCACCGGCAUACACCCCCCGCUCCGGUCAAGCUCCAAUGCCCAGAAUAAUGCCCAUGCCUAUGCACUGCAUCACAUCAGAUCUCCUGGCGAGGCUCUUGACCUUUGCAGCCGAGGCAAGACCGACCGCCAGCGCCGCCGAGCAACACGAUUGCGCAGAGAGCAUGUCGCCGAUAUCCAUCAAGGUCAACACGGCCGUCCGCGUCAACCAAAACGACAACCUGGUGGAUAUUGGCCGGCCCGGUCCGUCGGAUAUCGCUGCCGCCAUCGUGGGAGCCAUCGAGCGCGCCAGCAGUGCCUCGGCCGGCAUCCCCAUGAUCGACGGGAGUGGCGAGCCUAGGCCCAUCAAGAUCGACGUCGACGCCACCGUCGAAGUCGGCGGCUCGAGGAACGUCGUGGGCAAGGAGGAAUUCCUGAGGGAAUACGUGAGAACCCUUGGCGCUGCCGCAGCCUACAGGGCCAAGAGGAGAAGGUCGGCAUCUGUGUCCGGCUCGGAAGAUGACAGGUCUGAGGAUGAGUCGGCUGCUGGCGGUGCCAGCAUACCGACUCCCAAGAGGUCACGGAGCACCUGA